GGUGGAGACGUGAAUGCAAUGACACUUUUAAUCAAAUUACAAAAUUCCAUUUUCUUACAACUUGAAUUUCCAAAAACAACCUAAGAACACUUGAGGAUAAACUCUUGAAAUGUGAACAAGAGUGAGGGAGCGACAGUUGGGAAAAGAGAAAGCAGAGAGUGUAUGGCGCUACUAUUUGUUUGAAUAAUCGAAUUACACAUAAAGAGAAGUUGGCAGAAGAAAGAAAGUAACAAAAAUGGGUUUCACUCUGAGCCUUCCAACGCCCUCACUCUCCUUCUCUUGCCACUCUAUGAAGUGUAAGAGAGAGUACACGAGCGUCAUGAUAGUGCCAACAGGGGUUGGAGCGGCUAUCGGAGGUUACGCUGGUGACGCUUUGCCUGUGGCUCGCGCACUCUCCUCUCUUGUCGAUUGCCUUAUCUCUCACCCCAAUGCAAUUACUUUCCUACCCUAAUUCCUUUAUCUUAUGUGCUUAAUGCAGCAAUGCUACACUGGCCAAUGCCUAAUGCAUUAUAUGUUGAAGGUUAUGCUCUUGAUCGUUUUGCAGAAGGGUUAUGGGCCUUACAGCCCGUUCACCAAAACAGGGUGGGAUUAGUUCUUGAUGCAGGAAUAGAGGAGGAACUCCGGGUUCGCCAGUUACAAGUAGCUGAUGCUGCAAGGGCAUCUCUUGGAUUGCCUGUUGUGGAAUACAUUGUCACAGACACUCCACUGAAGGUAGAGAAGUGGGUUGAUCCAGAAACUGGCCAAUCAACUGGGAGGAUUAAGCACCCUGAUUCUUUACUUAGAGCUGUGCAUACAUUAGUGAACAGGUCAAAAGUGAAUGCCAUUGCUGUCAUUGGACGUUUCCCAGAUGAUGACACUGACGAUGUAGAUGAGUAUCGGCAGGGAAUGGGAAUAGACCUAUUGGCAGGAGUUGAGGCAGUUAUAAGUCAUCUAGUGGUGAAAGAGUUCCAAAUUCCUUGUGCACAUGCUCCUGCAAUGUCUCCACUUCCCAUGAGUCUAUCUCUUAGUCCAAAAUCAGCAGCUGAGGAGAUUGGGUACACCUUCCUACCAUGUGUGCUUGCUGGCCUAAGUAAUGCUCCACAAUACUUGGUCAUGGACUCCAAAUCCUUAGAAAAAGGUUGCAUAUUGGCAACUGAUGUGGAUUCUGUAAUUCUUCCCAAAGAUGCUUGUGGAGGGGAUGCAUCUCUUGCUUUUGCUAGAAAUAAAAAUAAAAAGCCACUUAUAAUUACUGUGGAAGAAAAUGAAACUGUUCUUGAUGAUACUGCAGAUAAACUUGGUCUUGAAGUGCUGCAUGUGUCAAAUUAUUGGGAGGCCAUUGGAGUUAUUGCAGCUCACAAGGCAGGGAUAGAUCCAUUUUCACUUAGACGAGAUAAAAUUCUCAACAUUGGGUGCAGUUCAUUUACGUCUGUCAAUGGUCACUCUAUUUCAAGAGGAAGAGUUGUUUCCUGAUUAACAUUUUGUCUAUCCCUCAUGGGAAACAAUUUUGUUUGAUUUGGUAGACUUGGAACCAUUCACAAAAUGAUACGACUAACAUUGCCAGUGAAGAUAUUUUCCUGAUUAUCAUUUGAGAGUUAAAGGGUAAUGUAUUAUUACUAUUAACCAUUUCAGAAAUUAGGGAAUUUGGACUGUCUUAUAGUCAUAUUUGUAUUUGAUUCUAUUAUAUUUUUUUGUCCUCGUAAUUUUCCUCAAUAAUGGGUUUCGUCC